CAAGGAUUUGUUUGGGACAUCCUGGGGACACGUUUCCAGCACGUUGGCAGCCAUGGGCUGGGGUGGUGGCCGUGGCCGGCGCCGACCUGGGAGCGGGAGCUCCGCUGUCAGCAGCUCCCCGAGCCGAUCACACUACUUUGACGAUGCACCGGAGAGUCCUUCACACGAGAGUCCUUCACGCUUGGACCAGGUCAAGAAGAAAUUGCAAGACAUCGAGAUCCUCGAGAACCGUCUCAAGAAAGGUGAGAUGUUAAACAUCAGCCAAAUCAAAAAGAUGGAAGCAAAGGCGCGGCUCGAAAGCGAACUGGAGGAGCUGCAAAGGAGCGAGGCCCAAGAAGAAGAAGAAGCGACGAUUGCAGAUUUGCUGAAGGAGAAGGAAGCGUUGGAGAAAGGCAUCGAAAUAGAGGAGGUGCGACUGCCUGGUGCCCUGAGUCCACCUGUGUCCAAGGCGCCGAAGUCCAGUCCUUUGCUGCUACUACCCUCGAAGCCAAAGAAGCUGGCACCGUGGGCGAAGACUCCUCCAAGUCCCGGCGCGAAGACCCCUCAGAGCCCCAACGCAUCACCCAGGUCGGCCGUCUCCCCCACCAGCAGCUCUCCACCCUCUCCACGCCCCAACCAGCUGCGGCUGCCAAUCCCAGCGCAGACUACAGCCGAGCAGCUGGCUUGGUUGGAAGGCGAUUUGCCCUGCUGGGCCAAGAAGUUUGCCUCGUUGGCACGAGUGGAAGAUGGUCAAAUCGUGGUGGAGCUCGGGAUGGAGGCGGCGGCAAGCUCAGCAGCAAGGGAAGAGCUCUACGAGCUUGUGGAGUACGAUCUGGAAUUGCCCAAGGGAGCUUUGAGCACAUGCAACGUCUCAAUUAAGUCUCCCAAACCGCGUACGCCACGGAAUUUCAAUGACAGCCUCUCCGAGCCGGAGACGGUGUUCCAUUGCUGCGACACCAACGGUAAUGGCCAACUGGAUUUGCACGAGGUGAAGUUUGCCUUGAAUGCCUUCGGGUUGUUCCCCUCCCUGGACUACCUCAGUGCCUGGAUGGAUGGCCCUACGCUGAGCUUCGAUGCCUUUGGGAAACUCUUGGAUGCCAAGCUUCGCAGCGCUCCGACCUCCAUGCGCGGCCCGCGCACGGUGCCCUACUCGCGGCGAGGAAUCCGCAUGGAGCAAGUGGAAGGCCUUUAUGAGACCUUCAUCUCCAGUGGAUGGUUGCAGCAGCAAUGCGAUAACUUUAAUGCCCAGAACGAGCAAGCCAUUUGCCGGCGGAAAUGCUUCGCGAUGGAGACGAACCUCUAUGCGCUCAAUCGCUGGGUCAUCAUGCCCAGCACCACACCACAGCCCGCAGAGAAAGUGCCGAAGGACAUGCAGAGGGCUGCUGGCAUGCCUAUGGCCAGCCAUGAGAGCUCCUUCUCCGAGCUGAUGAACCCAGAGGGCUUGGCGGUCGACUACUUCGUCUCCCACUUCUGGGGUCAUCCCUUUCAGGACACCUGUGCAGCCCUGCGUGUGUGGUCUCAGCAAGUCUACUGGCAGAUCUCGAAGCCUCGCAUGAACGACAUGGUCUACUGGAUCUGCCUCAUGGCUUUGAACCAACACCGUCCCGGUGACGAGGUGGGCUCUUCUCCAGAGGAGGGUCCUUUCAAUGCAGCGUUGGUGCAAUCCAGCUGUGGGGCAGUGAUGAUCUUGGAUGAAAAGGUGCAGCCCUUCACGCGCAUUUGGUGCCUAUUCGAGGUGAAGCGCCUCACAGACUUGAACAAGGACUUCCACCUCAUCUCCGCCAAGGGCGCCAUGGGUGCCAAUCUGGCUGCUGAAAUGGAUUUGGAACAGAGGCGUGUCUUGAUGGAAUUGACCCAGCGAGUGGCUUCAGGUUUGGAGGACAUAUCAGCAGCCAAGGCCAAGUCCAGCAGUGAAGAUGACAGGUACGCCAUUUGGCACCGCGUGGCCGAUCCGCAGCUCCGCAAGGUGCCGCUGGCCAUCGCACGGGAGAAGAAGCUCUUCCACCCAAAUGCCUUCAAACGCUUUGACUUGACGAUCCGCAGCUUGCUGGCAGCUCCUCUAUAUCAAACCAGUUUGCAGGAGGAGGAUGUCCAGAGUGCCCUUCGAUACUUGGGCUUGGGCGCACCCUUCGGGCGUCGCGACCUGGAACUGCUUCGGGAACGGGACAUCGACGUGGUGAAGGUGGAGAUCGCGGUGCGCAGCGGAACUAGCUUGGUGCAUUGGCAGCUCCUCCAUGUGGCCGCAUACUUUGGGCACACGGAGGCUGUAGAGGCUCUGGUCGAGUCGAAGGCCAAUCUGGAGGCCAAGACUAAGUUCAAGCUGACACCUCUACAUCAAGCAGCCCGCAAUGGGCAGACGCUGAUUUGUGAGAUGCUUUUAGACUACAAGGCAGAUCUCCAUAACGUGGCCGCACAGGGGCGCACGUGCUUGCAGAAUGCAGCCCAUCAGGGCCAUCGAGGCGUAGUCGAACUCUUGCUGGCGCGCAGGGCCAAUCCCAACAUCAAAGAUGAGAAUGGAGUUACAGCACUCCAUUCCGCCGCCGCGUCGGGUCACGGCGAGAUGGUGGAGGUGCUGCUGUCCUCGGGCGCCGACCCCUUCCUGCGUCAAGCCGACGACCUGACGGUUUUACAUGUCGCCUCCAUGCGCGGUGCCGUGGAGGUUGCGAGGGAGAUCGUGGAGAAGACCCCUCAGCGGCAAAAGCUCUUGCGCAGCGGUUCCACCAAGGGUAGUGUGCUGGACCUGGCGGGCACCACUGAGAUGGCCGAGUUCCUUCGCGGCAUCUCUGAAGGGUCUGACAGCUGAAACUUUGAGGGCUGGGUGUGACACUGGGGUCCUC